GCAGCUCGGAGCCUCCGCCGGGCGGGCGGGGAGGGGGAGGGGCAGGUUUUGAUUUCGACCAUGGCUAUCACACAGUUUCGGUUAUUUAAAGUUUGCACCUGCCUCGCUACAGUAUUCUCAUUCCUAAAGAGAUUAAUAUGCAGAUCUGGCAGAGGAUGGAAAUUAAGUGGAGACCAGAUAACUUUGCCAACUACAGUUGAUUAUUCAUCAGUUCCUAAACAGACCGAUGUUGAAGAGUGGACUUCCUGGGACGAAGACGCCCCGACAAGUGUAAAGAUUGAAGGAGGCAGUGGGAAUGUAGCAACACAACAAAAUGCUUUGGAACAACUGGAACCUGACUAUUUUAAUGACAUGACACCAACUAUAAGGAAAACUCAGAAAAUCAAUAUUAAGAAGAGAGAACUAUUAAAUUUUGGCAUCCCAGAUGGUAGCACGGGUUUCUCUAGUAGAUUAGCCACUACACAGGAUAUGCCUUUUAUUCAUCAAUCUCCUGAAUUAGGUGACUUAGAUACCUGGCAGGAAAAUACCAACGCGUGGGAAGAAGAAGAUGCGGCCUGGCAAGCAGAAGAAGUUCUGAGGCAGCAGAAGAUAGCAGACAGAGAAAAGAGAGCGGCAGAACAAAAAGGAAGAAAAUGGAGAAGGAGGCACAGCGGCUAAUGAAAAAGGAACAGAACGAAAUUGGCGUGAAGCUUUCAUAAUGGAUGUCCGUCACGUGUCAUAGUGCCAGUAAGAAAGAGAUGAGCUCCACGACUCAAGCAACAUUUAUAUGGAUUUAAGAAUAUUUUCAGAAUACAAACACAUUGCUUGAUUUUAAUGCAUUCAUCAGACCAUCUAGGAGACCAGGAUUCUCUCAAAGUACCUUGAGCUCUUAGUGACUGAGACUCAAAAACAAAAAAAGACCUACGAGGUAAUAUUUUUUUUCAACAUGUUCCAAAUGUAAGACA